UGCAAUUUCGUAGUCAGCUAUGUGUCAAAUGAAAAAAUAUAUUAUUGUUUAAAAAAUCGAGGCUCAAAAGAAAAUUAGUCGUAAUAUAUUUAGAAAUUUACCUAAAAUGUCGACAGCAAAAGUGGUGGCAACAGCAGCUGUGAAAGCUGCAGGAAGAAAAUUAACUGCUUCACGUGCUGCAUUAACACUGACUCCAGCCGCUGUGAAUCGUGUAAAACAGCUUUUAAGUGAUAAGCCUGAUAUUGUUGCUCUUAAGGUUGGCGUAAAGCAAAGAGGUUGCAAUGGACUUUCAUACACACUAGAUUAUGCAAAAGCAAAAGACAAACUUGACGAAGAGGUUGUACAAGAUGGUGUGAGAAUAUUGAUCGACAAAAAGGCUCAACUAUCCCUUCUCGGAACUGAAAUGGAUUUCGUAGAAAAUAAAUUAUCAGCAGAGUUUGUUUUUAACAAUCCUAACAUCAAAGGAACGUGUGGAUGCGGCGAAUCGUUCAGUUUAUAAAUAAGCUAAGCUUAUGUUAUCAAAUAUUAUAAAAUAUUGGCAUAAUUAUUUUCAAAAAUAACUUACGCUUAACUCAUUGUUUUAGAAUAAAAAGGAUUAGUUUACUUUCAACUGAA